UACUCCGCUGCACAUUAUUAUUACACUCAUGCUUUCCGACCACCAAGAUCUGAUCUUUGGAAACCAGACUGUCUAGGAUUCUCUCAGCUUUGCAUUGACCAAACGUAAAUGGACCUUCUUGACUAGUUUUGUGACCAACAGAGACGAGGAAACAAACUUUCAGUCCUACUUCAAAAGUUUGACCCGAGGAGGAGGCAAAGGAAGGGAGAGGACGCUCCCCCCACUUGAUGCACCAGUUUCUGAAGUUCUGGAACUGAAGCAAAACAUCCCUAUUUUACCAUUGCAUCGUGCGUCGGAAGCACCUGCCAGCAUGACUCGAAGAUCCUGCGCCAUAUACGCAGUUGGAACCGUCUGCGCCACUUUACUCAUUUUGGGGAUCGGUUUAUAUGCGGCUCAAGUUUUCCGCACGCUGAUGCUCAACCGUCUGAAAAAGGAGAUUGUUUUGGUGGAAGGCAGUCGAGUGUUUGAGUCAUGGAAGACGCCCCCUCCUCCAGUCUUCAUGGAGUUUUUCUUCUUCAAUAUAACGAACUUGGAUCAGGUACUGGCGGGGGAAAAGCCAGAAGUCAAGCAGAUUGGACCGUACACAUACAGGGAGUACAGGUAUAAAGAUAAUGUCAGCAUGGUGGAAAAUAGUCAAAAGGUGUCUGCUUACACCGUGAAAAGCUUUGUUUUCCUGCGAGACAAGUCUGUCGGGGACCCGUUUGAGGACACAAUCGUCACUGUCAACAUACCUGCUUGGGCGGUGAUGUCAACAGUGAAGUCAAGCUUCUUCAAGGCUUCUGCGUUGGCCUUCAUGAUGGCCGGUCUUGGAUCUCAACCUUUCACCACUCUCACUGUGAAUGAUUUGCUGUGGGGAUAUCAAGACCCCUUGCUGAGUAAAGUAGCUCUCACCAAUCCAGAUGUGGAGCCAGUGUUCGGUCUUAUGCAUAAGAAAAAUGGAAGUCACAGUGGAGAAUUCGUCUACCACACUGGAAUGCAGAACUACAUGGACUAUGGACGCGUAGCGACAUGGAAAGGUGAUAGCCAACUGACCUUCUGGACGUCGAACCAAAGCAACAGUAUUAAUGGCUCUGAUGGAAGUGCCUUCCAUCCCCUGAUUGAAAAGAAUGAGCGCCUUUACGUCUUCACCCCGGACCUCUGCAGGUCAAUCUACAUGGAGUUUGAGAAAGAGGUGGAGGUUAGAGGAGUCACAGCCUACCGCUUCACACCCCCACGCUCCGUUCUAGCCAGCAAAGACGAGAACCCGGCCAACGAGGGUUUCUGCAUCACCCCCUCGGAGUGCCUGGGAACCGGACUUCUGAAAGUCAGCCCCUGUCGGAAAGGUGCCCCUGUGGUCGCAUCUUUUCCACACUUCUACUUGGCUGACAACAAAUACAUAGAUGCUAUCGGCGGAAUGGCACCACAGAGAGAGCACCACCAGACGUACAUUGAUCUUAACCCGACCACCGGCGUGAUUGUUCGUGCCAACAAGCGAGCUCAAGUUAAUGUCUUGAUUGAGAAGAUCGGUGGAUUGCCGUUAACCAGAAAACUGAAGGAAACCGUCUUCCCGGUCAUGUUCAUUAAUGAGAGCGUGGUCAUUGACGAAGCGUCUGCGGCCAGAGUCCAGAAGCUGCUGAAGAUUGUAGAUCUUGUUCCAAACCUGCCUCUCAUCUUCGUGGGACUGGGUGCCAUCAUGCUGGCUGUGCUGAUAGUCCUCCUCAUCCGUGCCAGGAAGGAAAAGAAUGAAGCAAAGCGUGUUGUGUUUACCAAACCUAUAUAUUCUACCAAGACUGAAGACAACACAUCCUACUCUCCCGUCACCGACAAGGAAAAGGACGACGGACAGAAUGGAACCUACAUUGGUUUGACUGAGAAAGCUGAUCCGCAGACUUAAGAGUGAAAAGCAAAAGAGAAAAAAAAUGGGAAUCACUUUUUAGACCAAAAAUUUGAUGUGUUCUCAUUUUUUUGAGGGGUGGAGAGGGUUAAAAACGUCCUAAAACAAAUUAUAAUACAGUUGUGAAGACAUUACAGGAGUAUCUCAUUUAAAUUCAUAGUGGAUUAUAUUAAAUCUCUCAUUCUUUGGUUGUUAGCAGCUGGUUUCUACAGCACAUUGGGAGGAGGUUAGUCGUGGGUGGGGCUGUGAAUCGUUAUCGUUUAUCGAGAAUACAGUAGAGCCAUUUCUAUACAGAGCACCUCAAGCUUUCUUUCAGUAUUAUAAUGAGUCAUUCUCAUUUCAAAGCUGAAUACUGUCAGCGUCAUUAUUCUUGUUCCAUGCACUGUUUUGAGGGUAGCAAAUGUGCACAAGAUGUCUGGAAAACUGUGUGACUCUAGUUUGUGUUGUGUGUGUUAAGCUGCCGCAUAGGCCAUUGUUCUCCUUGGCGUUUAAACCUGGGGAACUUUAGAAGCGCUGGGUUUUUAGAAUACCUUAUUAUUGUGAAAACUACUAAUUCAUUUGUGUAAUGUUUGCUGUAGAAUGGUAAAAUGAAGAAUGACACUUCACCAUGUCAAUUUGCAUGAAGUCUGUUGCAUUGUUAGUAGUGUUGGUGCUGACUGAAACCUGAAUGGUUUUUAUGACGUUUUCCCCUUAACUCAAAAACGAUAGUUGUUGAAGUUACUGAGCCAUUUGAUGAGCAAGGAUGUUCGUCUGUUGUGCCAUGACAAAUGCAUAAUCCAAAUGUACCUUUCUGUCCAACCUGCAGUUUAGUGUAGCUAUCAUUUGUUAAGGAUGAGUCCAACUUUUCUGACAUUUUGCUUAGCUGUAGCAAAGAGCGUGGUAUAAUUCAUUUCAUGUGUACAAUAAAUAUUUUUGAUUAUUAGUUUCCUUGAUUUUACAAUGUUGUACUAGAAAAUCUCAAUUCCUGGUGCAUAAAUAGUUAUAAUAAUAAUCACAAUGGUAAAAUAGUUAAAGAAAAAAAAACAACAGUGUUAUAUGCCACUAAUGUUGUGGCCAUGAGUCAUUUUAUUACGUUGUUGGAAAACCAAAACAUAAAACAUCCAGUAAGGGCUAUGCAUAGCACUUCAUUGUGCCAUACUGUGACUGAUGAUUCGACUUAUGGCAUUGCUUUAACAACUGUGCCUCCUACAGCUUGGAAGUGUUAAUGUUAAUGCUGUUUUUACUGUGUACAUGGAAAUAAA